CGCUCAGAACUGCCCGGACGGCUUGGAAGGAAGCUCAGCCCGCGGUCACCUCCGCUGUCGGGGCCGGGGGGAUGGAGCCACAGCUGCCGAGCUGCCCCAUGGCCCAGGCGAGGAUCAACGCGAAAGCCAACGAGGGCCGGUUCUGUCGCUCUUCCUCCAUGGCCGAUCGCUCCAGCCGCCUGCUGGAGAGCUUGGACCAGCUGGAGCUCAGGGUUGAAGCUUUGAGAGAUGCAGCAUCUGCUGUAGAACAAGAAAAAGAAAUUCUCCUAGAGAUGAUCCAUUCUAUACAAAACAGCCAAGAAAUGAGACAGAUCAGUGAUGGAGAAAGAGAAGAAUUGAGUCUAACAGCUAAUCGUUUGAUGGGAAGAACCCUCACUGUUGAAGUUUCCGUAGAAACAAUUAGGAAUCCUCAGCAACAAGAAUCACUUAGACAUGCCACAAUGAUUAUUGAUGAAGUGGUCAAUAAGUUUCUUGAUGAUUUGGAAAAUGCCAAAAGUCAUUUAAUGUCACUCUAUGGGGCUUGUUCAUCUGAGGUACCACCUGGACCAAUUGAUCAGAAAUUUCAGUCCAUAGUAAUUGGAUGUGCUCUUGAAGAUCAAAAGAAAAUUAAGAGGAGAUUAGAGACUUUGCUUAGAAAUAUUGAAAAUUCUGAUACAGCUAUCAAGUUGUUGGAGCAUUCAAAAGGAGCUGGUUCAUUGAAGCCAGCCAGCUUAAAAUAGCUUGGGCAACUUAAAAGGCACAAAUGAGUUUCCAUGUGAAGAUAAGAAAGUAUUAUUUUAGGUGAUAGAUGUAUUCCUUUGUACAUGUUGGGCAGACCCAUUCAUUCUGUUUCAGCUGAUAAAAAUAUUCCAAGUGUCAUUGCUCUCAUCAUGGAGACAUUUAUAACUAGCAAAUAUUAACUAUAGCUCUAUUUUUAAGUGAAUGUCUUCUUAUUUGGUAUAACAUUACUUUUGAUUAUAUUUUGGAUAAAAACAUUCAACUAUGUGAAAACCACAAAAAGUAUGUAGAUGGUAGCAUAUCAAUACUCUCUUCCCUUGUACCAUCUAUCUUUCAGUACAAGUCAAUUGGUAAAUAAUAUCAACUUUAAUUUUUUCAUCUAAAAUUUGUCAUAGGUUAGGCUAUAUGGAAAAGUUGGCUGAUUGAUAUACUUAUGAUUUCUCCUGCUGGAACACAGACUAGUGCUACGUCCUGUCUGGUGAACAACAGCAUGGAAGCAAAUUCAUCUGUUCAGUGCUUAUUAAAUAUUUAAGUUGGCCAUGAGACCCUAAGUCAAUCAACACUGAGUGCCUUAAGAGAAGAUACAGUCCUUGCCCUUAAGGAGCAUCUACCAGCAUACUUAGCCAUAUAAAAGUGACUUUAUUUUACAAAUAUUUGUGGAAUAUCUUUUAAGUUUAAGACAUGAUGGUAUAUGCUAUUAUACAGACAAAAAUAAGUAAUCCCUGCUCUCAAGGAUCUUAAACAAUGACAGUGCUUGGGGAUAUAAAGUUCUCUCUAAAUUGCUAUGUUGAGUUCUGAGCAGUUAACUUUUAUUCUAAAGCUCUCUUUCAAGAAAUUCCAAAGAAUGAAAUUUCCUAAAGUAGCAUGAUGAAUUAAGGGGGGAAGCCCCAUCAAUAUGAUUUUAUUCUAAUUUUUAUGUAUUAUCUUCAAUAUAGAAUUGUAGCCAAACAAUUUGCUAAUGCUAGUUUGACAUUUUCCCAAUGUUCAGGAAAUCAUUAGCUUUUACCUCCCUAUGCCUAAAAUCCCACAAGUGUGCUCUUAAAAACCCAACAUUAUUUUGUUGAGAUUUAAAUCUAAUGGACAUAAAACAUUCUGAAAAUAAAUAUUUUGGCUGUCUAGUUUGGGGUCCUCAUCACUGGUAUAAUGGAAUUGAUAAUACUUUGUUCCUUUGUUCUUCUCUUAAAACUGGUGGUAUUUUCUCAAUGAAGUCUUUCCUGAUAGCUCAAGCUAUAAGUGGUCUAAUUCACCUAGAAUUUCUUACAUUUGUUUGACCUUUCCUAUGUACAUAUCAUAUUCUAACAUUAUUACAUAUUUUGGCCUACAUUUUUAUACUUACUAGAUUGUAAGCUCCUUGAGGGCAGAAACACACUUUUUUCCUUUAAUUAUUGUAUCCUUAGCAUGUAGCGCACAUAAUAUACAAUAAAUGUUUACUGAAUAGUAACGUGGACAUUUAUGGGGUGCUUAUGAAGCUAAUAAAGUGCUUUUUAAAUUUGA